CACUCUGUACACAGUUCCAAAACAAAACCCUAAAAUGGGUUCUUUGUAAGAACAUUUCGCCGCCAUAUUCAUCCUUUCUCUUUUCUGUAUAUAUAUAUAUAUGCCUUUCAUUCUCUUUCAUUCUCUUAAACUGACCUUCAAUAUCCUCCUUGUGUUUGCUAUCAGAAACUAAAAAUGAUUAAAUUUUUCUACAAAUUAAUUUCAAUCAACAUGACCCUUUUCGCAACACUUAAUUUAUUGUGAGAUGAGUUCCUUUCCUUUCUAUUUGAUCAGGCUGGAGACUUCAUUCAUCUUCAAGAACUGAGCUAUCCUGAGGCCUUGAUGAUCAAAAGUGAAUUUCCGGUUGAAUAAACAUGUUAUCCGAAUUGUGUAGGAGGCCGAUGGUUGGAAAUAGUGAGAAUUCAUAUCCGGAUGAGUUUGAGCAGGAAAUAGGGCUGUUGCUCCGUGAACAGAGGAGCCAAGAGGCUGAUGAUCUUGAAAAGGAGCUUAACUUGUAUAGAAGUGGCUCAGCUCCACCGACGGUCGAGGGUUCGCUAAGUGCAGUUGGUGGGUUGUUCAAUCAUGGAGCCAGCAGCGGCGGCUCUGGAAGUGGAGCUGGUGUAUCUUCAGCAAUUGCUGAGUUUGCAAGAAAUAAGAGUGGUAAUGGGUUCAUGUCUGAGGAGGAGCUUAGGUCUGAUCCCGCGUAUCUAUCUUACUAUUACUCAAAUGUCAAUUUGAACCCACGCCUCCCGCCUCCUAUGUUGUCGAGAGAGGAUUGGCGCUUUGCUCAGAGGCUGCAAGGAGGGAGUUCUGCUAUUGGGGAUAAGAGGAAGGUGAACAGGAGUGAUAGUGGCAAUGGCGGGAGAUCCGUGUUUUCGAUGCCUCCUGGUUUCAAUCCGAAGAAGCAAGAGAGUGAGAAUGAGGACAAGCUGCAGGGUUCUGUGGAGUGGGGUGGUGAUGGACUAAUUGGUUUGCCUGGAUUAGGACUAGGUAGCAAGCAGAAGAGCCUCGCCGAGAUUUUUCAGGAUGAUAUGAACCGUGCUUCUCCUGUUCCUGGACACCCUUCUCGCCCAGCUAGCAGAAACGCUUUUGAUGAGAACUCUAGUGGUAUGGAUUCAGCUGAGGCUGAGUUGGCUAAUCUGCGUCGGGAAUUGUCUUCAUCUGAUCUAGUACACUCUACUUCAAAUAUCCAGACCUCAUCUGCUUCUCAGCACACAGGAACAGCUGCAUCAUUUUCUUAUGCUGCUGUCUUGGGUGCAUCCUUGUCGAGAAGCUCAACUCCUGAUCCUCAACGCAUUGCAAGAGCACCAAGUCCUUGCCCAACUCCCAUUGGAGGAGGCAGGGGAGGAAAUUCAGAGAAAAGAAACAUAAAUAGUCCUAAUUCUUUCAAUGGUGUAGCUUCCCAUUCUAAUGAACCUGCUGAUAUUGUGUCUACUUUAUCUGGAUUGAACCUUUCAAAUGGCAUCAUGGAGGAGGAGAAUCAUUUAUCUUCCCGGAAUGAGCCAGAUGCUGAAUACCACAAUAGUUAUCUUUUUAGUGUUCAGGGUGGCCAGAAUGACGCAAGGAAACAAUCUUAUACAAAGAAACAUGAAGCUGGGUCGUACAAUAUGACUUCUGUUCCCCAGGCAGAUAAAAUAAUGCCUUCUGAUUCUGGUAUGGGAAAUGGUGGUGGGUCAAAUAUAAGUGGUAAUCAUAAUUUUCAAGCUGAGCUCCACAGAAAUGUUAUUCCUUCUAAUAACUCAUACCUGCAAGUUUUUCCUAAUGCUGCAGCUAAUGGCGGGGGAGGUGGAAUUUCUCAGUAUCAGCAUCUGGAUAGUCCAAACUCAUCAUUUUCAAAUUAUGGAUUAAGUGGGUACCCUAUGAAUCCAAUAUCAGGUCAACUUGGUGGCUCCAAUUUGCCACCGUUGUUUGAAAACGCUGCUGCAGCAUCAGCUAUGGCUUUGCCUGGGAUGGACUCUAGGAUGUUGGGGGGAUCAAAUAUUGGUGCUGCUGCUGCCGAGCAAAGCCUUGGAAGAUUAGGAAAUCAGGUUCCGGGUAGCACACUGCAGGCACCUUAUAUCGACCCUUUGUAUCUGCAGUAUUUGAGAACUGCUGAAUACGCUGCACAAGUAGCUGCUCUUAAUGAUCCUUCUGUCGAUAGGAACUAUAUGGGUAACUCAUACAUGGACCUGCUCCAGAAAACUUAUCUAGGGAAUCUGUUAUCUCCUCAGAAAUCUCAAUAUGGUUCUCCCAUGGGUGGUAAAACAGGUGUCUCUAGCCCUCAUGGUUACUACGGUAAUCCUGCUUUUGGGAUCGGAUUGUCAUAUCCUGGAAGUCCCUUGGCUAGUCCGGUAAUCCCAAGUUCAGGUGGGCCCGGCAGCCCUCUGAGGCAUGGAGAUUUCAAUGUGAGAUACCCUGGUGGGUUGAGAAAUGUUUCAGGGAGCGUAAUUGGACCCUGGCACUUGGAUAACAUGGAUAGUACUUUUGCUUCUUCACUACUGGAAGAGUUCAAGAGUAAUAAAGCAAAGUGCUUUGAGCUUUCAGAGAUUGCUGGUCAUGUUGUUGAAUUCAGUGCUGAUCAAUAUGGAAGCCGGUUUAUCCAACAAAAGCUUGAAACUGCAACAACAGAUGAGAAGAACAUGGUUUUUCAGGAAAUUUUUCCACAAGCUCUUGCAUUAAUGACUGACGUAUUUGGUAAUUAUGUAAUCCAAAAGUUCUUCGAACAUGGUAUGGCAUCUCAACGAAGAGAGCUUGCUGACAAGCUUUUUGGCCAUGUACUUAGCUUAAGCCUCCAGAUGUAUGGUUGUAGAGUGAUCCAAAAGGCAAUAGAAGUUGUCGAUGUGGAUCAAAAGAUCAAAAUGGUGCAGGAGCUGGAUGGCAGUGUCAUGCGUUGUGUCCGUGAUCAGAAUGGGAAUCAUGUUAUCCAGAAGUGCAUCGAAUGUGUCCCUGAGGAGCACAUUCAGUUUAUUGUCUCGACAUUCUAUGAUCAAGUUGUGACUCUCUCGACACAUCCUUAUGGUUGCCGUGUGAUACAGAGAGUUUUAGAGCACUGUAAGGAUGAAAUUACCCAGAGCAAAGUUAUGGAAGAAAUUUUGGGAUCCGUAAGUAUGCUGGCACAAGAUCAAUAUGGGAAUUACGUAGUUCAGCAUGUACUAGAGCGGGGAAAGCCACACGAGCGAUCAGCAAUUAUUCAGGAAUUAGCUGGGAAGAUUGUCCAGAUGAGCCAGCAGAAGUUUGCAUCAAACGUUGUCGAGAAAUGCUUAACAUUUAGCAAUCCUAGUGAACGCCAACUGUUGGUGAAUGAGAUGCUCGGAACAACUGAUGAGAAUGAGCCUCUUCAGGCAAUGAUGAAAGACCAAUUUGCAAAUUACGUUGUACAGAAGGUUUUAGAAACUUGUAGCGAUCAGCAACGUGAACUGCUCAUGUCAAGAAUAAAAGUUCACUUGAACGCAUUGAAGAAAUACACAUAUGGGAAGCACAUAGUAGCCCGUGUGGAGAAACUUGUUGCCGCUGGGGAGAGGAGAAUUGCGGCUCAGACCCCAAAUCCAGCAGCAUAGACGCGUUGUAGGAAAGAAAGAAAUUGUACAGCUAACUGAGGCUAGUUUGCGCUAUACCUCUCUUUCUCAUCUUUCUUUCUUAAGCGGAGCAUAUUAUAUUUGAUGAUGAGGAUAUAAGCUGAUUGCGAAUAAAGCUGUCGCCGUCGUGUACUAAGAAACCUGUACAUUGUGUAGUGUUAAGUUUAUACAUAGAGAGGGUGUAGUAAGAGCUGAAUGCUGCUGCUGAGGAGAAAUAUCGAAAUGGAUAUCAGAGGGUGUAAUAUAGUUAGUUUUACAUUGCAAAGUUAGUUUUAAUGUGCAAAGUGACUGUACAAAAUUAUGCCUUCUUCUAGAGUUGAAGUUGCUUUUUUUUCUCUCUUCA